AUGCAAAUCAAGGACGACCAAUAUCACGUCUUUAUUUUCUUUUUCUUUUAGUGCGGGCAAGAUUUAUACGAGUAAUGACCAUAUUCGAAGGUUACACCUUCGAGUAUUGUGUAACCUUCGAGGCUACACCGUACUCAACGCUGCCCUGGUACAACUGGCCUUGAUUAUACGAAGCUUAUAGCUCGUGAUCUGAGUUUUCACUUGAAACCUGACGCACGUUUAUGAGAAUAAAAAAAAUACAGGUCAUCGCGCGACGUACCUAGAUAAAACUACAAAUAAAACUCGACUCGGCGAAUUAAAGACAGCCUAUUGCUCCAGUUCAUUGCAGUGACUGUGAUCUUUUUUUCUUUCACUAUUGGUUUUAUGCAUACAUUAAUUAGCCGCACGUUCACGGGCAUAUCCUGUAUAAGGCUGCGUUAACUUCAUUGUUAAGCUCGAUGCGAAAAUUCGUUCUCUUUUUUUUUUUUAAUUUACUCCCUACGUACUACUGAUGAUGGGACCAGCGCCGUCUACGAGUCGGGACAUUUACAUAUAUAAGGGGCUUCAGGACGGAUCCUACUCAGCAGUCGCACCUUCGCAGGCUCGUAUACUUCACCAUGACUGGAGUAAGUUAAAGUUUACCGCUCGCGGAAAGUAAGAUUUGCAGAUUUAAUCUUGAAAUGCAAUUUGCUUAAGUAAAAAGGAUAAUUUCAACUUCACGUGAAUGAUAGAACUGACUUAAAAUUUCAGCAAUACGAUUAAGGCUUCGCGGGUACUAACAUAGCUGGGGUUAGAACUCAAUGUAUUUCUACUAAACGAUAGCAAAAAUCAAAUAGAAACGACCACUUACCCGUAUCUUUUAUUCGAUUGCAAAAACCUUAUACCCAAGCGACUCUCUAAUAUCUUCAAUCAAUGUGUACAUGUUUGUAUCAACCGAUAUUUAUGUAGGGCCUUUGAAAGAGUUGAUAUAAACUUUUUCUCAACUUAAUACUAGAUGCAUGCGAGAGUUCUCACCUUUUAUUUUAUAUUGCUACUUUUAAAUUUGGUGUUUCUAAGGAGUAAUUCAGUAGUGGUAAUGAUACGCAGUCACGGGGUGAAAUACAUACCCAACUUUUUUAACUUUGGGCAUUACCGUUGCAUCCUUCUUAUCUUUUUUCCCGUUACUACUGAUCCAUUUAGGAGUAAUCAGAUUUUGCUGAGCAUUUAGAUCACGCGUUUUAUUGAAACAAGAAUUUUAAUUUAUUUUAGUACGCACUUAUAAUUUUCUCAUCGUUUUAAAGAAAGCAAAAGUGCUUAUACAAUUUUCAAGGGACUCGAGAAAAAUUAAAUACGUAUUUUCAACUAUUUAAUUGGACAUUGAGAAAACUAUCCGCCAAAUUUUUGCCACUCCGAGCAAGCAGCUCCAAGGAAGCGCUAAACUUGAAUAAUUAGAAGGGCGUGCAACCAAAAAUGUACAAACUAUAAAACUAUUCUUUUUCUCAGAUGCCGCAAAACGAAAAGCCACAAAACUCAUCAGGUUGCCACUUAAAACGCAGGGAGAAAGUGCUUUCACAUCCGGAGAUUAAAUUUCACUUGCAACAAAUGCGAUUCCUUUAUUGCUACGAGGCAUUUGGAGUAUUUUUGCCUUUCGAGUUCACUUUAUUUUAAUCUAAAUUGUCUAUUUAAUCAUCACUUAUUCACAAAAACGCUUUUAUUUCGGAUGAACAUGUUCUUUGCAAAAUAAUGAUUACAUUAAUGCGCUAAUGAAGUAUAAGAUGUAAUUUAUGGUUUACGUUUUCCAGCUUCGAGCAUGCCUUCUUCUAGCCCUGGCCAGCAGCGCCAUUGCUGGUCAAAUCCAUGGGGGCCUUAGCCACGGCAUCGGCCUUUCCGGUGUCGGCUAUUCCGGCCUUGGCUACUCUGGACUGGGCUACGGUUCCCUAGGCUACGGGUAUGGUCUCGGCUAUGGCCAAGCCGUGGGUUUCGGCAACGGCUUUGGCUACUCGGGUCUGACCGGAUACACCGUCGCUGCCCCAGCCGUGAGCCGCACUGUGUCCACCUACCACGCUGCUCCAGCUGUCGCCACCUACCACGCUGCUCCAGCUGUCGCCACCUACCAAGCUGCUCCAGUUGCUACCUACCACGCUGCUCCAGCCGUGACUAGGGUGUCUACUAUUCAGGCUGCUCCGGCUGUCGCUACUUACGCCGCUGCCCCAGUCGCCACCUACGCCGCUGCCCCAGCUGUCACCAGGGUCACUAGCUACCAGCCAGCUGUCGCCCGUGUGGCUACCUACCAGGCAGCUCCAGCUGUCACCCGUGUCGCUACCUACCAGGCUGCUCCAGCUGUCGCUACCUAUGCCGCUGCUCCAGUUGCCACCUACGCCGCUGCUCCAGCUGUGACUAGAGUGUCCACCAUCCACGCUGCUCCGGCUGUGGCCAGCUACCAAACCUACCAUGCCCCAGCUGUUGCCACCGUCGCCCACGCUCCAGCUGUGGCGAGCUACCAGACCUACCAUGCUCCCGCUGUUGCCACUGUGGCUCACGCUCCAGCUGUCGCCAGCUACCAGACCAUCCACGCUGCCCCAGCCGUUGCCACUUACGCCCACGCUGCUCCAGUGUACGGAUACGGCGUUGGAUCCCUCGGCUACGGUGUCGGCAACUACGGCUACGGACACGGUCUUGGAAGCUACGGCCUGAACUACGGUUACGGCCUUGGCACCUAUGGCGACUACAGCACCCUCCUCCGCAAGAAGAAGUAAACUCUUAUCCGGAGUUAAGCACAAGAAGUCGCCUGGAUGCUGGGUUCUCCUGCCAACCACCAAGCACAAUAAACAUUUUGAAAUAAAACACACUAAAAAAACGACA